AUGCCGCCAGAGUCCGGCCGCCUGGGCAAGGGGAAGAGGAUCAAAUGCAUCAAGGUCACUGGGAAGGCCGAGUGCGCCAACUGCACUCAGGCCAAGUCCAGCUGUACCUUCCUUCUUUCCAACCAGCCAACGGUCCGAAAGCCAUAUGGCCGACCGUACGCUCCAUCCGAGUCAUCGGUAGCAGGCUCAAGCGUGCUCGACGUCCCCGGUCCAUCGACGAUACGACCCGCCGGCAAUGAACCCGAGUCUCCCUUGGCCUCUGUAUCCACUGGCGAGGCUAUGGAGCUCCUGCAGAACAUCUUCCCCACCGGCCAAUGGCUGCCAGACCUAUUCCCGGUCAACAUGUCGAUGAUGGACAGCGACCAACAGACAUUUGCCGCUACAGCGCCAUCCGACUUGCCAACGACACUUGCAGCAUCAGCGCCUUCCGACAGGUCAUUGCGGCGGGCCUACCCGGAUUGUCAAGUCGAGGAUGUGAUCUCGUGGUACUCGUUCAUGGAAGUGCUACGCCUGUAUCAUGAACGUUUAUAUGCACUGGCCAACCCUCACACAGGAGCUCAUGAGUCGUCGCGAUCGCCACGACGUGCCGUUCCGACGCUUCCUGCUCAGUCUUGGACCACCGCCGCCCUCAGGCUCUGUCCUGUGCUCAUCAGUGACGAAGACAUCACCACUCCAGAACCUUCCGAGGUCGAUGACGACUUUAUCACUCGGGCUGGAGCCUUUGCACAGCCUCCAGGCGUCACGCCCAUCAUCGCUGGGUUUCUCCGAGUGACACGUCUAUUCUGCAUCCUCUCGCGCAUCCUCAGACUCCUUCGCGACAUGCCACCAGACGUCGGCACCGCCAUUCAAUCCAUCCUCCUCCGGCUCAACGACGAACUCGAGUCGCUGCCGGCCGAGUUGACGCCAAAUUCACCCUACGACUCGCCAGGAUUCGAAGCGUGCAAGGCAAAUAUCCUUGUCACGCAGGCCCUGGCACGCUUCGAGUUGCAGCAGCUUGCGACCGCCGCGAAUACCCCGCACAAAGACGCCAUUACGCAAAGCGUGCUGCGACUACUGGACAUGACACCGCAAGACUAUCUCGCAGCAAAUGGAUGUAGCAUGAGGAACAAGGUGCUCUUCAUUGCCAGCUUUAUCAUUGCACAGCAGGACAGCUCAGAGGUCGACGGGGUCACACCGCAGGUUGUAAGCUUGCUGAAGAAGACGAUGAGAAUAAUGCCCAUAACGGAGUCGGUCGUCUAG